GCAAGGUUCUCGGCGAUGUACCCGGCGGCGGGGGCGGGGCAGCGGUCGUCGGGGCGGCUGCCGGCGGCGUCGCGGGUCGACAAGGCCACCAGCCACCUGCUGCAGGGGCCCGACUGGGCCGUCAACCUCGAAAUCUGCGACACCCUCAACGCCGACCGAUGGCAAACAAAAGAUGUGGUAAAAGCAGUGAAGAAGCGGCUGCAGAAUAAGGAUCCCAAAGUUCAGUUUUUCACUUUGACGCUGUUGGAGACAAUGAUGAAGAACUGUGGUGAAUAUGUUCAUUUUGAAGUUGUUGAGCUGCAUAUUUUACAAGAAAUGGUUAAAAUUGUCCAGAAGAAGCAUGAUAUGCAAGUGAAGGAUAAGGUAUUGAUACUUCUGGACUCGUGGCAAGAAGCAUUUGGUGGACCUGGGGGGAAAUAUCCUCAAUAUUACUGGUCAUAUAUUGAACUGAAGAGGUCAGGAGUGAUGUUCCCACGCCGUCCUGUAGAUGCCCCUCCAAUAUUUACUCCUCCUGCAACACAUCAUUCUCAGCCCUAUGGGUCACCUACAUAUCCUACUGGAAGUCUAAAUGACAGAAUGGCAUCUGAUGUUGAAACCCUAAGUUCAGGGGAUCUGGAUAAUAUUAGAGAUGCAACAGAAUUACUGAGUGAUAUGGUGAAUGCUUUGAAUCCUGCUGAUCGCAUGGGUGUUAAAGAUGAAAUUGUGACAGAGCUUGUCAGCCAAGGUCGUUCGAAUCAACAAAAGCUCAUGGGAUUUGUCAGUUCAACAGGGAAUGAGGAGCUUCUGAAACAAGGCCUAGAAAUAAAUGAUCGCUUACAAAGUGUACUUGCAAAACACGAUGCAAUUGCGUCUGGUGCUCCUUUGCCAGCUGAAACACCAAGGAGAGACGAAAUACCCAGAGGGGAGCCAACACCACAGCCAUCUGCACCUCCAAUUGCAAAGCCCCCUGUUGAAGAGGACGAAGAUGACGAGUUUGCUCAGCUAGCGAAAAGAAAAAACAAAUCUGUGAUAAGUAGCGACGAGGCAUCAUCAAGUGUUGGUGAUCAUGCCCUUAUACCUGUUGAUGAUGCAACUUCUGAAACCUCGUCUUCUGUUGCGAGCAAUGCACUGGUUCCUGUUGACUCAGCUCCUGUGAGUGGUACUCGAACAAAAGAGCAGGAUAUGAUUGACCUUCUAAGCCUCACCUUGUACAGUCCUCCUGAAGCAUCUACAGAUUCUUCAACUCAGAGCCAAAAUGAUAGUCAACAGACUACCAUGUCAAAUGAGUCACAACUACCGCCGAACUAUCAGCCUGCUGCACCGAAUGGACAACAUUACCCUUCCAACUACCAGCCAUAUCCAAUAAAUCAGGGGUACACUCCAUACAAUACUCCAUACAACAAUUAUGUUGCACCCUGGGCCCAGAGCGCGCAGGCUGGUCCAACUCAGCCUCCACAAUAUCCAUCUACCUAUCCGGCACCACCAUGGGCCAUGCCUACAAACUCUGCAAAUCCUUUUCAGCCUGCCACAUACCAAAUGCCGAAUGCUCCUGUUGCUUCUGUUGCCCCAACAGUUACCUAUCCAGCUCCUUCAUCACCGUAUGCUUCUCCACCAAUGCAACAUGUGACAUCUCCACCCCCCAACCCCAGUUCUAUGCAACAGCACAGCUCUUCUGUCUCUCAUGCAAACAAUGCCCUCGCCAUUGUCCCAGAUGCUGGAAUGAAUGGAAACCAAAGACCAAAAGAAGCACCAGCUGCCGCAGCUAAACCCUACUACAUGCCAGACAAUCUGUUUGGUGAUUUGAUUGAUGUGAAAAGUUUUGGUACUGCUGGAGGCAAGAUGAGCAGAUCAACGAACAUGACUAAUCCAAAGGGCGGUGGUCAACCUAUGAUCGGUGGAAAGAAAUAGAUCUUUCAAGCUAAGUUAGUAACUACUGUCGUUUGGUUUGUACAUUUGCUGUAUAUCUGUUCUGGUCAUAUUGGCUACAUUGUUUAAUUUCAUUGACGGCAUAUGUUUUUAAAAGAGAUGGUUGAGUAUAACUGCUGUAAAUGAUUCGCUUCAACCAUUGUGUGCCCCAGAUUAUCCUUGCUUGUUUGAUUCA